AAAAAAAAAAAAAAGGCAGUCUGAAUCACUCGCCCGGUAGUGACGGAGGAGGCCGUAAAAGCCUCUUAGAGGCCAGACCCCGCGGUGGCCUCUGUGUCCUUCAUUCCGCCACCCAUCCGUCCACCGAGCGCCUGCUGGGUGCCAGGAACUCGGUCACAGAAAGGCUGAGGUCGACUCCCGACCGAGAAGCCUGGCGCUGGGACCAAGUGGCAAAACGACUCCGAAUGCAGCGGCAUCCACGCGGUGGCCGUGGUUGAGGAACAGAAGCUGAGAGCGGCAAGGGCGGUCACAGAGGAAGGAAGUUCAGGGUUAGCUAACAGGAGCCGCAGGUGCCCCGAAAAGGGGGCGGGGUCAGGGGUGCCCCGAACUCCGAAUGCGAAGUUCUGUCUUGUCAUAGCCAAGCACGCUGCUUCUUGGAUUGACCUGGCAGGAUGGCGCCACCACCAGCUGGAGUAAAUCUAGGUGCGUUCCUGGCAGUGACUCCGAAUCCCGGGAGCGCAGCGAGUGGGACAGAGGCAGCCGCGGCCACACCCAGCAAAGUGUGGGGCUCUUCCGCGGGGAGGAUUGAACCACGAGGCGGGGGCCGAGAGGCGCUCCCUACCUCCAUGGGACAGCACGGACCCAGUGCCCGGGCCCGGGCAGGGCGCGCCCCAGGACCCAGGCCGGCGCGGGAAGCCAGCCCUCGGCUCCGGGUCCACAAGACCUUCAAGUUUGUCGUCGUCGGGGUCCUGCUGCAGGUCGUACCUAGCUCAGCUGCAACCAUCAAACUUCAUGAUCAAUCAAUUGGCACACAGCAAUGGGAACAUAGCCCUUUGGGAGAGUUGUGUCCACCAGGAUCUCAUAGAUCAGAACAUCCUGGAGCCUGUAACCAGUGCACAGAGGGUGUGGGUUACACCAAUGCUUCCAACAAUUUGUUUGCUUGCCUCCCAUGUACAGCUUGUAAAUCAGAUGAAGAAGAGAGAAGUCCCUGCACCACGACCAGCAACACAGCAUGUCAGUGCAAACCAGGAACUUUCCGGAAUGACAAUUCUGCUGAGAUGUGCCGGAAGUGCAGCACAGGGUGCCCCAGAGGGAUGGUCAAGGUCAAGGAUUGUACGCCCUGGAGUGACAUCGAGUGUGUCCACAAAGAAUCAGGCAAUGGACAUAAUGUAUGGGUGAUUUUGGUUGUGACUUUGGUUGUCGUUCCGUUGCUGUUGGUGGCUGUGCUGAUUGUCUGUUGUUGCAUCGGCUCAGGUUGUGGAGGGGACCCCAAGUGCAUGGACAGGGUGUGUUUCUGGCGCUUGGGUCUCCUACGAGGGCCUGGGGCUGAGGACAAUGCUCACAACGAGAUUCUGAGCAACGCAGACUCGCUGUCCACUUUCGUCUCUGAGCAGCAAAUGGAAAGCCAGGAGCCGGCAGAUUUGACAGGUGUCACUGUACAGUCCCCAGGGGAGGCACAGUGUCUGCUGGGACCGGCAGAAGCUGAAGGGUCUCAGAGGAGGAGGCUGCUGGUUCCAGCAAAUGGUGCUGACCCCACUGAGACUCUGAUGCUGUUCUUUGACAAGUUUGCAAACAUCGUGCCCUUUGACUCCUGGGACCAGCUCAUGAGGCAGCUGGACCUCACGAAAAAUGAGAUCGAUGUGGUCAGAGCUGGUACAGCAGGCCCAGGGGAUGCCUUGUAUGCAAUGCUGAUGAAAUGGGUCAACAAAACUGGACGGAACGCCUCGAUCCACACCCUGCUGGAUGCCUUGGAGAGGAUGGAAGAGAGACAUGCAAAAGAGAAGAUUCAGGACCUCUUGGUGGACUCUGGAAAGUUCAUCUACUUGGAAGAUGGCACAGGCUCUGCCGUGUCCUUGGAGUGAAAGACUCUUUUUACCAGAGGUUUCCUCUUAGGUGUUAGGGGUUAAUACAUAUUAGGUUGCUUUUUUUUUUUUUUUUUAACAUGUAUACAAAGUAAAUUCUUAGCCAGGUGUAGUGGCUCAUGCCUGUAAUCCCAGCACUUUGGGAGGCUGAGGCGGAUGGAUCACUUGAGGUCAGGAGUUCAAGACCAGCCUGACCAACAUCAUGAAAUGCCGUCUCUACAAAAAAAUACAAAAAUUAACCGGAUGUGAUGGUGUGUGCGUAUAUUCUCGGCUACUCGGGAGGCUGAGGCAGGAGAAUCACUUGAACCCACGAGGCAGUGAGCCGAGAUUGCACCACUGCACUCCAGCCUGGGAGACAGAGCCAGACUCCGUCUCAAGAUAAAAUAAAAUAAACUUGAAAGAAUUAUUGCCCGACUGAGGCUCACAUGCCAAAGAAAAAUCUGGUUCUCCCCUGAGCUGGCCUCCGUGUGUUUCCUUAUCAUGGUGGUCAAUUGGAGGUGUUAAUUUGAAUGGAUUAAGGAACACCUAGAACACUGGUAAGGCAUUAUUUCUGGGACAUUAUUUCUGGGCAUGUCUUCGAGGGUGUUUCCAGAGGGGAUUGGCAUGCGAUCGGGUGGACUGAGUGGAAAAGACCUACCCUUAAUUUGGGGGGGCACCGUCUGACAGACUGGGGAGCAAGAUAGAACAAAACAAAACAAAAAAAGAAAAGCAAAUCCAUCUGAUCUCCUGGAGCUGGGACACUCUUCUGCCUGUGGACAUCAGAGUCUAGGAUUUCUAGCCCUUGGACUCCAGGGCAUACACCAGUGGCCUCCCGAAGGAUCUAAGGAUUUUGGCCUUGAACUAAGAAUUACACCACCGGCUUCCCUGGGUCUUAGGUUUUUGGGCUGGAUUAAGCCCUGCUUCCAGCAUUUCAGGGUCUCUGCUGUGCAGAUGGCCUGUUGUGGAACUUCUCAACCUCCAUUAUCAGAUGCAUUAAUUCCUCCAAUAAGUCCCAUUUCAUAUAUAGUCAUUUACCCCACAACAUUUCAGUCAAGGGAACAGCAUAUAAGAUGGUGGCCAUCCAGUAAGCUAAGGUUAAUUUAUUAAUUAUUUAAUUUAUUUACCUUGAGUUCAAGUCACAAUUAAAGUACAUAUACCUUUGGAAAUUUGGA